CAUUUUAAACACACAAUGUAUGGAGGCUGGCUUAGACUACGACUGCCCCACAUCAGUUCACCUCUCAGCUGGACAGCAAAGAGAAUACACCACAUUUUCAACAUGCAGGGGACCCUCUGCACUCUUAUUGCUGUUCUAGCAUGUGUGGAUGCUGCAAAAGUGUUGACCCAGACACCUGCUGUGCUCACAGUUUCUCCAGGAGAAGAGGUUCUGCUCAAAUGCAACAUUCAGAGACCUGAAAGCUAUUAUGUCAGCUGGUACAAACAGGUCCCUGGUUCUACUCCUCAGUAUCUUCUGAGAUUUUACCAUGAGCACAGCUCACCCAGCUUUGGAACAGGAAUCUCCUCAGACCGAUUUAACUCCAAAGCCUCAUCAAACAUUGAUUAUCAGUUUAUCAUUAAGCGGGCAGAAGCAGGAGACUCUGCAGUGUAUUACUGUCAGACAUGGGACAGCUCUGCAAAUGAGAGAGUAUUUGGACAAGGAACCAAGCUGACUGUGACAAGCUCCAGCCUCCCUGCUCCUGUCCUCACAGUCUUCCCUCCGUCCAGUGCUGAGCUCCAGUCCAACAAAGCCACUCUGGUCUGUCUGUCCAGUCAGUCUGUGCAAUUUGCAGAUGUGACCUGGUCGGCUGCUGGGAGUCCAGUGAGCAGUGGGAUCUCUACCAGCACUGCUGUUCAGAGACCAGACCACACUUUCCAAAUCAGCAGCUCUCUGACCAUCCAGACAUCAGACUGGAACAUGGAUAAGGUUUACACAUGUAAAGUGUCUUUGGGCUCCCAGACUUCAGAGAAAACCAUCCAGAAGUCAGGAUGUCCCACUGAAUAGUAGAGGACCAGAAUGAGCCUUUAAAAUCUGCUUUUUUACUGCUUGUGCUGUUUGCAAAGUUCACAUGUUAGAAAUCAGAGUAAAGCAAAAGGUUUAAGCAUUGUGUUCAUUUUUCUUGUCAUUAACAGGCAUUUACAGUAAUUGCUGUUAUAC